AUGUCUCUCCCGGCUUCUAUCUUCGCAGCCGCCGCUAUUCUCCUUCGUAUCACCUUCGCUAACCCCGAUCGCGGCGGCCCUCAAUCCGGCGACCCCUCCUUCCCAUCCUGUGCCUACAACUGCCGACCUGCUGCUUCCGACUACAAAUCCCUCUGUUCCGCCACCGAUACUCUCGAGACGUUCAAAAAGUGCGUCUCCGACAAUAAUUGCGAAGAAGGCGACUGGGAAGGUCUGUACCAAGGAUUGCAAAAAUGGUGUAACUUGACAUCCAGUGUGACGAGUGGUUCCCCACCCUGGCCAACCCCCUGGCCCACAAACUCCGACUGGACAACCCGCACCGCCGGCGACUGGCAAAACGGCCCCUUCGGCCCCAACAACCACGGCUGGGGACCUCCCGCCUGGUCCACGAACAGCGACUGGACUCGCGGCCCCUGGACGUCCUGGUCGGAUGUCAAGGAUCUUGGGGAAAGAGGGCGACCAUGCGGUUCGCUUCGUGAAACGAUGUCCGACAAUGAGCGCUCUCGCGAAUCUCCGCCUCCGCCCGCACCAGCUUCUGGCGAUGGAGUGUCCUCUUCUGCGCCUGUAGUCGCUGUCGCUGCCGCUGCCGCGCAGGUUACGCCGAGUGCUGAAGAUACUUCUGCUCCUGGUAGGACUGGAAUGUUCCCCUUCGGCUCCGAAGAAGCACCACUCGACCGUGCCACUGUCUUUGCUGGCCUCGCGACAGCCGAGCAAGCUGGACGCGAAGCUCGGCAGCAUCGAGCCAACCGACAGCGGGCGGAGCGGGACUUUCAGCGGGAGAUCUACCGCCGUCCAUUCGAUCGGGAGGAGGAUGAGUCGGAUUCCGCCAGCGAGGGCGAGGAGAAAGGCAAUCGUGGCGGAGGUGGAGAAAGAGAAGUGGAGUUGAGUUAUGAGGGCGUGUUGGCGAUGGAGAGGGAGUGGGAUGAGGUCAGGGGUUUGAGGAUGGGUGGAGAGGAUGAGGUUGGGGUUGUGGUGGAUGGAGAGGGAGAGGAGUGGGGUGUGAUGAACGGCCGGGAGUCAAGGCGGCUGCUCUUCUUACGCCACCAUGGAAGGAAUCGAAUCCUCCCAGGACUCGCGAUAAGUGCUGCUCUUCGCGGUACCUCGUCUGUCCGUUCCUUCCGCCGCCCUCAGCUCCUGGACCUCGGCCAAGAUUUGGUGGGUGGUGUCGAUACUCUUCAUGUAGGACUGCUGGUUACCAACGACGCCAUCGCAGAUUUACAUGGUCGUGGUCACGAGUCUGUCAUCUUCGUCUGCGAACCCGGCGAGCGCCGCGUGAGGCCGGCCGGCUUUCCGUUGAAGAGUUGA